UCUGCCACCUUCCCCCCUGGCCAGGAGCGCAGCCGCCGCCGCCGCCGCCGCGUCCUCUCUCAGCUUUGCGCUCCGCCCGCUGUCUCUGCCGCCGCAGCCCGGCCCAGGAGCGCAGAGCCCCGGGCACUGGCCCCGCAGCCUAUCCACCCUCUGGGCCGCGUGCCAGCUGCAACCGGCAUGGGGGGCCACUAACAGCGGACACUCCUUCCCUCUGGCACCUCCCCGGGCCACUGGCCACUGGACCCCGGCCAGCGAGCCUCGGGCUCCUCUGGCCCCCAGUCCGGCGCCUGGCACGGCCCUCCGCUCUGCCCCUCCGGCUCUGAGCAUCGUGUCCCCGCCCCCCCCCCCGCCCGCGCCUGGGACACCUGGGUCCUCCGGCGGCCCCAAGGAGAGGGGCGGGGGGGGGCAUGAAGCCACUGGAGAAAUUUUUGAAGAAGCAGACGUCGCAGCUGGCGGGGCGAACGGUGGCGGGAGGUCCCGGCGGGGGUCCGGGGAGCUGCGGUGGGCCUGGCGGGGGCGGGGGACCUGGUGGGGGCGGCGGUCCAGCCGGGGGACUGCGGCCGCUGCAGCGGCGUCAGAGCGUGUCUCGCCUGCUGCUCCCCGCUUUCCUCCGGGAGCCCCCCGCCGAGCCGGGGCUGGAGCCGCCCCCUGAAGAGGAAGGGGGAGAGCCGGCGGGGGUCGCAGAGGAGCUCGGCAGCGGGGGGCCCUGUUGGCUGCAGCUUGAGGAGGUGCCAGGGCCCGGGCCUCUCGGGGGAGGGGGACCCCUGCGCUCGCCUUCCUCGUACUCCUCUGACGAGCUGUCCCCCGGCGAGCCCCUGACUUCCCCGCCCUGGGCCCCCCUGGGCGCCCCCGAGCGGCCGGAGCAUCUUCUGAACCGGGUUCUGGAGCGGCUCGCUGGAGGGGCCACCAGGGACAGCGCCGCCUCAGAUAUCCUGCUGGAUGACAUCGUCCUCACCCAUUCUCUCUUCCUCCCCACGGAGAAAUUUCUGCAGGAGCUACACCAGUACUUUGUUUGGGCAGGAGGCAUGGAGGGCCCCGAGGGGCUGGGUCGGAAGCAAGCCUGUCUAGCCAUGCUCCUUCAUUUCCUGGACACCUAUCAGGGGCUGCUGCAGGAGGAAGAGGGGGCUGGCCGCAUCAUCAAGGAUCUGUACCUGCUGAUUAUGAAGGAUGAGUCCCUUUACCAGGACCUUCGAGAGGACACACUGAGGCUGCACCAGCUUGUGGAAACAGUGGAGCUAAAGAUCCCAGAGGAAAGCCAGCCGCCCAGCAAGCAGGUGAAGCCACUGUUCCGCCACUUCCGCCGGAUAGACUCUUGUCUGCAGACCCGAGUGGCUUUCCGGGGCUCUGAUGAGAUCUUCUGCCGGGUCUACAUGCCUGACCACUCUUACGUGACCAUACGCAGCCGCCUCUCAGCGUCAGUGCAGGACAUUCUGGGUUCUGUGACAGAGAAAUUGCAGUACUCAGAGGAGCCUGCAGGGCGCGAGGACUCGCUCAUCCUGGUAGCUGUGGCUUCCUCCGGAGAGAAAGUCCUUCUCCAGCCGACUGAAGACUGUGUCUUCACCACGCUGGGCAUCAACAGUCACCUGUUUGCCUGCACCCGCGACAGCUAUGAGGCGCUGAUGCCCCUCCCCGAGGAGAUCCAGGUCUCCCCUGGAGACACAGAGAUCCACCGAGUGGAGCCUGAGGACGUCGCCAACCACCUUACUGCCUUCCACUGGGAGCUGUUUCGAUGUGUGCACGAGCUGGAAUUCGUGGACUACGUGUUCCACGGGGAGCGCGGCCGCCGGGAGACGGCCAACCUAGAGCUGCUGCUGCAGCGCUGCAGCGAGGUCACGCACUGGGUGGCCACCGAGGUGUUGCUGUGCGAGGCCCCGGGCAAGCGCGCGCAGCUGCUGAAGAAGUUCCUCAAGAUCGCGGCCAUCUGCAAGCAGAACCAGGACCUGCUGUCCUUCUACGCCGUGGUCAUGGGGCUGGACAACGCCGCUGUCAGCCGCCUGCGGCUCACCUGGGAGAAGCUGCCCGGGAAAUUCAAGAAUUUGUUCCGCAAAUUUGAGAACCUGACAGACCCCUGCAGGAACCACAAAAGCUACCGAGAAGUCAUCUCCAAGAUGAAACCUCCUGUGAUUCCCUUUGUGCCUCUGAUCCUCAAAGACCUGACUUUCCUGCAUGAGGGGAGUAAGACUCUUGUUGAUGGUUUGGUGAACAUUGAGAAGCUGCAUUCAGUGGCUGAAAAGGUGAGGACAAUCCGCAAAUACCGGAGCCGGCCCCUUUGCCUGGAUAUGGAGGCAUCCCCCCAUCACCUGCAGACCAAGGCCUAUGUGCGCCAGUUCCAGGUCAUCGACAACCAGAACCUCCUCUUCGAGCUCUCCUACAAGCUGGAGGCUAAUAGUCAGUGAGAACAGAGGUUCUGGUCAGUGCCCCACCAGGGUCCUUGGGCACCUGGCACUCAAGCACUUUGCACGCUAUCCCAACCCACCUCUGACAUCUUUCCCUUGGAGCAACUUCCUGCCCCUCAGGAAAGAGUCGGAUGGACUUACCCCUGGGCUCAUAAGCCUGUUCAUCCUGCUGAAGUCCUCUCCCCCUUGCUCCUUCAAGCCAAAACCGCACUCUGCUGGGUACUGCCCUCGCAGGGAUGGGGGGCAGAACACUCCUUCCUCUGCCCCCUCUCAUCGAGGUCUGUUCCAGAGAUGGAGCUUCCAACCUCCUCCUCCCACGCAGACAGGAAAGCUGCCCACAUUGUCUGUGAGACAGAGUGGAACUGUGGAAGGGAUUGGCAGCCUUCCUCUCCACCCAUGGCCGGCUUCUCCCUGGUCAGGGCUGGGACCCCUGGAUGCACCCCUCCUGGAAUAUUAUAUUGCCCUUGUGUCUGUGUGUGUGCGCGCGCGCGCGUGUGUGUGUGCACCUGUCCCCUUUAAGAAGCAGCAGCGCAUCUGUAACUGAGGGAGGGUGUUGUGUGUAGCAGGGGUCCUUCUGUUUGGUGCUACCCUGGUCUACUUGGCCCUGUGAUGGUGUGGGGUGCUGUCCCCACCCCCACCACUCCCUGCUCAGCUCCUUGUGCUGCCCCAUGUGCCCAAGCCUGUGGGUGAAGCUGCUCGUGGGGCAGGGGGCAGCAGCGAGGGGGAAGGGGUUACCUGUCAGCCCUUGGGAGUCCUCCACUCACGCCUCCCCAGGGUCUCUGGGUGGGCUCUGGUGAGAGGGUAAGAGAUGCUCAGGGAAACACAGGCCUAAGCUGCCUACAGGACACUCCCUCUGCAUUGCGGGGUGGGACGUGGUGGUAUCAGGAGUUGGGGGUGUUUGCUGCCCACACUCCUUCUUUUGGGGUGUCUUACUGCUAAGAAGGGAGCUGUCAUCCCCCUCCUUCUGGCUCUUCUGUGGGACACCAACAACAUGGUCUCUAUUCUCCUCCCUGUGUUGACUCCCCCUUGGUCCUCCCCAUCAGAGCUGGGGUGGGGCAGACCCCUGUCCCUGGGCAGGUAGCGCACAGAAGUGAGGGGAGGGAAUGAUGGCUGAGACCGUAAAGGCCACACUGGACUGUGGUGAUGCCUUUAAUACCUCUCUGUCUCCCCUCCCUCUCCCACACGGGCCUCCAGGGCUGAGGGGCGCAGGGCUCCUGGCAGCUACCGGGUGAGGUUCCCUGGCACAGCCUCACCCUCCUUUCUGGCGCCACCUCUUUCUCUUCUGAAGAGGCAGCAGCAGCAACAGCAAAAACAGCUGCUGCUCCUGCUCUGAGGGUGUAUAUAUUUUUUACCAAAAGCUCUGGAAUUGUAAAUUUAUUUUUUAAAACUCAAAGAGGGAAAGAGCCUUGUAUCAUAUGUAAACAUUGUAUCAUAGGUUAUGUUGUACAGUCCCUUUUAUACAGUGGUCUGUCUCGUUCCUGCCACAAAAGAUGUCUAUGGACCCCUCAUUCCCCAUACAUACACCGGCACUGUGUCCCACCGCCUCCAUCCCCCAAGGACGGUGACCAUAGGCCCCCCUCCCGCUCCCUGCUUCCUCCCUGCAGCUUAACGCACGCCCUCCUCUCCCUGGGCCGCCCUCCUCCUGACCCCACGCAGCAGCCUUCUCUCGAAGCUCCCACAACCCUCCUCAAGCACUGGGGCCCACUGGUCCAGUCUUCGCUGCUUCCCGCCCCCAGCCGUGAUGCCUGCCCCGCUGCUCCCCAGCUUUGCCAGAGUGAACCGUGUGUACCGUACAGGCUCGGUUGUCUGCAGAAGCCACUGGCUGGAGAAAAAGCUGAUAAAGUCUAUGAAUCAA